AUGACAUCAACACCUCUACAUGGCUAUGAUCAUGGAAGCUCAGCAAAGAACAAACAGAAGGAUGACUUGGAGAAUCAGUUGAACAAACUGACUGAACAUUUGGCAGAUGAACGAGGUGUCACUGUUGGACAUCUUGUGCAGAGUGGCGAGGAUGGCAAGGUGUGGGGCGAUCGAAUGAUUGAGCCACCUCACGUGAGGUCCUAG